UUCUCUUUUCUAGUUAUUGGUAACUUCAAGCGGUAAUGCGCAGUUGGCUUAGAACGAUUUUGCACAUUAGGUGGUACCGGCAUGGGCAAAAAGGAUAAAGGCGACAAGGAGAAAAGAAAAUUCAGGAAGCGUGCUCAGGCUGAUGAUGACGAUGACGAGGAUGAUACUUUGGGCAAUGAAACACAAGCUAUACCUGCAGCAGCAGGGAAGCAAGUAGAUGAGUCGGGGACGAAAGUCGAUGAAUAUGGUGCCAAGGAUUUCCGGCAGCAGAUGUUUUUGAAAACUGAUCAUUCUUCACGACCAAUCUGGGUGGCUCCUGAUGGCCAUAUUUUUCUGGAAGCAUUUUCACCUGUUUAUAAAUAUGCACAAGACUUCUUGGUUGCAAUAGCAGAACCGGUUUGUCGUCCCACUCAUAUCCAUGAAUACAAACUCACUGCUUAUUCUUUGUAUGCUGCUGUGAGUGUGGGUCUUCAAACUUCUGACAUCAUUGAGUACUUGCAGAAACUAAGUAAAACAUCUGUGCCUGAUGGCAUCAUACAAUUCAUUAAGCUUUGCACUGUCAGCUAUGGCAAGGUGAAACUAGUUUUGAAGCACAACAGAUAUUUUGUGGAAAGCGCCUUUCCUGAUGUCAUUCAGAAACUGCUGCAAGACAGUGUGAUCCGAGAGUGUAGACUGAGGAACGCAGAAGGAGAUGAAACAGAACUGAUUACAGAGACGAUCACCAGCAAGUCUGCGAUCUCCAAAAGUGGCUCAGGGAAUGGAGGUCCUUCUUCUGGUCCCGGCACAGAGGGUAAUCAGAAUGUACCUGAGGACAUUUUUAGUUAUUAUGAGCAGAUGGACAAAGAUGAAGAGGAAGAAGAGGAGACACAGACAGUGUCCUUUGAAAUCAGACAGGAAAUGAUCGAAGAGCUUCAGAAACAGUGCAUUACUCUGGAAUACCCUCUGCUGGCAGAGUAUGAUUUCCGAAAUGAUACUGUGAAUCCAGAUAUCAAUAUUGACUUAAAACCUACAGCAGUGCUUCGUCCUUAUCAAGAGAAGAGCUUAAGAAAAAUGUUUGGAAAUGGUCGUGCUAGAUCUGGAGUCAUUGUUCUUCCCUGUGUGGCAGAAGUCACCUGCCACUUCCCCUCAUUCAUUGAUCAACGAAUCCUGUUUUUAGUUCAAAAGCACGACCCUGUGGGAAUAGGCUUCCUGUUUGUCGACUACUUUAAAUUUCUGGAAGUGCUGGAAAGCUCUCUUGUUGGAGUAACGGCUGCCUGUACUGUCCGUAAACGCUGCUUGGUCCUGGGGAACUCUUCUGUAUCUGUGGAGCUGAAGGCACAAUUCAAGAUGUGGUCCACUAUUGAUGAUAGCCAGAUCUGUCGGUUUACAUCAGAUGCCAAGGACAAACCCAUUGGCUGUUCUGUAGCCAUCAGCACAUACUCUAUGCUUGGGCACACUACCAAAGCGAUCCUGGGAGGCACGAGCGUGUCAUGGAGUGUGAUGAAGAGCCAGGAAUGGGGGCUGAUGAUUUUGGAUGAGGUCCAUACUAUUCCAGCAAAAAUGUUCAGAAGAGUGCUUACCAUCGUUCAAGCUCAUUGUAAACUGGGGUUAACUGCUACUCUUGUACGUGAAGAUGAUAAGAUUGUUGAUCUGAAUUUCCUGAUUGGGCCGAAGUUAUAUGAAGCCAACUGGAUGGAGCUGCAGAACAGUGGCUACAUUGCUAAGGUGCAUGCGCAGAGGUGAGUUUGGUGUCCUAUGACUCCUGAAUUUUACCGUGAAUAUGUGGCUAUUUCAACAAAGAAGCGCAUCCUGUUGUACACUAUGAAUCCAAACAAGUUCCGAGCCUGUCAAUUCCUUGUGCGUUUUCAUGAACGUCGAAAUGACAAGAUAAUUGUUUUUGCUGAUAACGUUUUUGCACUGAAAGAAUAUGCCAUUCGUCUGAAUAAACCAUAUAUUUAUGGGCCCACUUCACAAGGAGAGAGAAUGCAGAUUCUGCAGAACUUCAAACACAAUCCGAAGAUCAAUACAAUCUUCAUCUCGAAGGUGGGAGAUACGUCCUUUGAUCUUCCUGAAGCAAAUGUGCUGAUUCAGAUUUCAUCUCAUGGUGGCUCUCGAAGACAAGAGGCACAGAGGCUGGGGCGAGUUCUCAGGGCAAAGAAAGGUAUGGUAGCAGAAGAAUACAAUGCUUAUUUCUACUCUCUCGUAUCGCAGGACACACAGGAAAUGGCAUACUCCACCAAAAGGCAGCGUUUUUUGGUUGAUCAAGGAUACAGUUUCAAGGUGAUCACUCGUCUUGCAGGAAUGGAUGAAGAGGACUUGAUGUUCUCCACACGAGAAGAACAGCACCAGCUUUUGCAGAAGGUUCUUGCUGCCUCUGACCUGGAUGCAGAGGAGGAGGUUGUUCAGGGGGAGUACAGUGGAAAGGCACAGUUCUCUCGUCAUGCUGGCACAAUGAGCUCCAUGUCUGGUGCAGACGACACUGUUUACAUGGAAUACCAGUCGUCCCGGAGCAAGGCAUCUCUUGGAAAGAACAUUCACCCGCUUUUUAAACGCUUUCGCAAGUGACUUCUUUUGCUAUGGCUAUUUAACUGACUGAAAUAAAGGAUCCUGGGAUCAUAAUGGGGAAUUCUUUUAUAGAUUUUGAACACAAUUUUAUGUGUUUCAAUAAA